AUCUCCUGCCUACCUCUCUCUUUCUGUGCCAUCCUCUCUCUCUUUCCCUCCUUCGCUCUCUGUCCAUUUUAGCACCGGUCCUCGAAUCACUGCGGACUUUUAACACGAAUCAUUUUCAAGGUGACAUUCGGACUCCGCAUCCGUACUUUAUCUUAUACCCGCAUCACGAUCACACGCUACUUUUAUCGGCUGUAGUUCUACCCGUGAUAACGAUAGCCGGAACGGACUACGGGACAUUUCGAACGGACGACGUGGUUUAGAGCGGAACGUACUGUACGCCUGAGUCGUCCGUGUUUAUCUCGGACAUUGGCGAAUGUCACUAGGGAAGAUAAUCAGUCGUGAUUAUUAGCCUUUAGGCUUUAAUACCUUUAAUACGUUCGUGAUCUUGCUGGACCUACCCUCGUUAAGAAUUAAAGAGGAUUAUCCCGCAAUCCCAUGCAGACAAAGAUCUCCCCUUGAGCUCGUGUUGGGAAAAUGAUUCUUCGGUGUUAAACCUUAAACCGUACAGUACAUGCACAUCCAGAUCUCAUAACAUUUGCUGUAGCGCAUGCUGAAAUCCCAGUUCCAGAUUUUUAAGCUUUUUUAGCUUUGAAGCUUUAACAUAACCUUUGCUUUCCUUACGUUAAGACGAAUACAUACAGUACAUUCUAGCUAUUAUUAUGCACAUUGAUGCAUUUAUACGGUCGUUUCUGGUUCAUGUUUUGUUUUUGUUUUGUUUUUGACAUUGUCUCUGUUCCAGAGCAUGAUGAGUGUGUGUCUGGGAAGCACAGCUGUGAUGAGAACGCACUAUGCUUUAACACUGUAGGGGGGCACAGCUGCUCCUGUAAACCCGGCUACACCGGCAACGGCACCGUAUGCAAAGCCUUGUGCGAUGGUCUGUGUUUGAACGGCGGCACCUGCAUCUCCCCCAACAUGUGUGUGUGUGCUCAGGGCUUCACUGGGAAGAAGUGUGAAACAGAUAUCGAUGAGUGCACCGAGGGGUUCGUGCGGUGCGACAGUCGUGCUACCUGCGUGAACUUACCCGGAUGGUUCCAUUGCGAGUGCCGUGAUGGAUACCAUGACAACGGCAUGUUUACUGCUAACGGAGAGUCUUGCGAAGAUAUAGAUGAGUGUAAGGCAGGACGGAAUACCUGUGCCAACGACACCGUCUGUUUUAAUCUGGACGGCGGAUAUGACUGCAGGUGUCCCCACGGACACAACUGCACUGGUGACUGCAUCUAUGACGGCAAAGUGAAACACAACGGGCAGAUCUGGGUCCUGGACAAUGACAGGUGCUCUGUGUGCUCAUGCCAAAUGGGGCAGGUGAUGUGCAGACGUAUGGUGUGUGAUUGUGAGAAUCCCACCGUGGAUCUGUUCUGCUGUCCGGAGUGUGAUCCGCGCCUCAGCUCUCAGUGUCUGCACCAGAACGGCUUGGUCACCUAUAGCAGUGGUGACACAUGGACAGAAAACUGCCAGCAGUGCCAGUGCCUGCAGGGAGAAGUGGACUGCUGGCCGUUGUUGUGCCCUCCGGCACAUUGCGACUUUACCAUGGUGCCCGAGGGCGAAUGCUGCCCACGCUGCGUCACAGACCCCUGCCUGGCUCAGAGCGUCCGCAACGACAUCACCAAGACUUGUGAGGAUGAACACGGCAUCAUGCGCUUCAGCGGCUCCUCCUGGGUCAAACACGGCACCGAGUGCACGCUCUGCCAGUGCAAGAACGGACACAUCUGCUGCUCAGUGGAUCCUCUGUGCCUUUAGCCGCAGUCCGUCUCGCUAAAGGUGUCUGUACAGUUGUUCUCCAUUUAAAAGAUACCCACAGUCUUCACCCUGUCCUAAAAAAAAAAAUCAACAUCUUUAUACCAAAUGCAAACUAUGUAUUAUA